CAGGCGGCGGUUGUAGUGAGUUUGUGAAAAAAUAAACAGAACAGUGACGUAUGAUUUUCGUGUACGCGAAACUCGUGAAUAUAGAAAAACACGGAAUGUUCUAACGUGAAAAGAGUCGUGGUUCUGGAGGACAGUGACAGACUAGCAGUAAUUAGUAAUUGAUUUAAUAAUUUCGAAUUUAUUGCCUGAAUACGUUCGUUCGCGCAAUUAUAAAAUGAGUAUUAUCGGCAAAAAACUGUCCUCGAUUUCUAAGGCCCCCGCAUCUGGUGAUGGUUCGGGGGCUACAGCAACACCCACCAAUAAUCCGCCACCGUCUAAAGUUAUCACACCCGAGUAUGUGCUCAAGAUGAAUAAAAUCGCCGAAGACUAUCUGUGUGCUCCGGACGCCAAUAUCUACGAGAUCGAUUUCACUCGCUUUAAAAUCCGUGACAUGGAAAGUGGGGCAGUGCUGUUUGAGAUUGCCAAACCCUCCCUGGGUGAACCUGUUCAAAGUUCCGACUACAGCUCGGAACUGGCAGAGGGUGGUAAUGGUAGUGCGGUUGCCAGUAGCGAAGAACACCCCGUCGAAGAUGAGGAACUCCUGGAGCCAAACACAGGGCGUUACGUCCGAUAUCAGUUCACGCCGCAGUUCCUGAAGCUGAAAACAGUUGGAGCUACAGUGGAAUUUACAGUUGGGAGCAAAAGUGUGAAAAACUUUCGAAUGAUUGAAAGACACUUUUUCCAAGAUAGAUUACUGAAAACGUUCGACUUUGAAUUCGGAUAUUGUAUUCCCUAUUCGAAAAACACCUGUGAACAUAUUUACGAAUUUCCUACAAUCCCACCAGAUCUAGUAAACGAAAUGAUUUUGAACCCGUUCGAGACACGCUCGGAUAGCUUUUACUUCGUCGACAACUGUCUGGUGAUGCAUAAUAAGGCAGACUAUGCGUACAACGGCGGUCUAUGAGCUUAAAAACAAAAAGAAGGUAAAGAAAAAAACGUUGGAGGAUUUUACUGAAUUAUUAUGAUAUAUUUUACAUUUGAGCAUUUUAUUGCAACUACUGCAAAACUAUUUAUUGUGAAGAUAUGCAAAUGUUCUGAGGAAAAAUACGAUUAGGGUAAACGUUCGGAAAAGUUUUUAUUCGUUAGGUUUCUCUGAGAUGACUAAAUGAACAUCGUUUGUGAAUCGAAAACAAUGAUCAACGUACAUAGACACAAAAAUAUGAAGGAAAGCUGGGCAUCGCAAUUGCCCAGGGACAAAAGCAGACUAUCCUGAUAGGGUAUUCUACAUCGCUGUCUAAAAUUUAAACAAUCUGAGAAGAUAAACUAAUCAAAUAAUAAAAUCACCUUUCUUGCCUUAAUUAUCCGUUGUCACCAAAAAAAUGUUCACAGCACACAAACAUAGAACUGCAGAAAAAGACAGCAAUAUUGAAAGGUAAUUAAAGAUCUCACUAAGCUUAAUGGGCUAUUCACUAAUUUUAGCUUCUUCUGAGUUUCCAAACAAUCGUAAGUUGAUGACUCAAAGAAUGAAAAUAGGUUAAACGACAAAAAAUUGAAUUCAUAAUACCUAUAUACAAGGACAUUCCCAAUAUGAGUUGAAAGGACGGAAAAGAAACAGGGAAAAAACUUGAAAACGGCUCAGCCAAAUGGGACAUUGCAACUCAUCGAAUGCCGUUUUUUUCUCCAAAACAGCAAUUUAACUUGAUUUCCGUACAUGCCUACAUGGCAAAACGUUUUUUUUUCGAUUUGCACACUCGUUCGUACGACCCUCUCCAACAUUUCUGCAAUACACUAGACAGGGACGAGCAGCAGCGAGAGUUUGUUCGCCUCAUUAGGAAAGUUCAAGUGUUUGUCUCCUGAAUUUGACCCUGCUCGUCUUGUGACCAGUCCUCAGAAGUACAAUGUAUAGAAAGAUAAGCAUUGCGGAAAUGUGGCACAAUGUGUUCUAGGCGGGAAGUUUGCUCUAUUUUUGUCGGCACAAGCAUGCUCUGGCAUAAUGAUGAUUCGUUUAGGUUACGUGAUUCUGCCUGCUCCUUGACUACUAUUCGGUCAAAGUGUGCGAACUUCAUAAACAAGGGGAGUAGCGUUUCGUGCUGUUGACAAGACUGAUGCGCAUUGAUAGUAGUUUUGGUAAAAGGGUUCAAUAAAAAUCAUAUUUCGUUAGUCUAUUGGAUCAUAAGAUGUUUAUUAGGGCACCCUUAUUUUAUUGUUAUUAUUAUAAUCAGUUAUUUUUUUUUUUCUUCUUGGUACUGUUGAUGACAUAGGCGCACGAGCUGCUGUUUGCUCAGGUAGAAAAUUUUCUUUCUACAAGCACUUUUGCAUUUUUUCAUAAAUUUCACUAAAUGGAUUUAUCUAAAAUGAAGUUUAUAGCGUUUUCGUUUUUACCUAGUGUUACACCAGUGCAAGUGUAGUGCAAAAAAGAGACAAACUGAUUACUACCAAGUUUGAAUGAGUGUAGCACCGACUACACCAAUGUAGUGCACUGUCAAAAACGAUGAUCGUAACACUGUGCUACAAUAUUCCAGGUGAUGUGCAUGCGUUUCACCGUUCCACCGACGAACAAAUCAGUCAUUUUCUAAGAUUUAUUUGGUCACUUAUCCUGUGUGUUUCUCUACUGUAACCGCAAUACAACUAUCGCAUAGUUAUGCUGCCCAUAAUUAUAAUUCAAACUGUUUUAGUACUUGUUUUUUUCAAAACGUCUAAAAAGUGUAAGAAGUGCUGUUAUCACUUCUAGGGUUAAAAGUUAUUUGGUGGACUAACCCUUUGUUUCAAGGUGGCCGAUAUGCCAAGAAUUAUUUUGGAAUUCGUAUGAAAAACAAAUUAGCUUGUCCAUCAUUUUAGAAAAAAAAUAUUCCGCCGAUUGCUAAAAUUUAUUAUUUUACAUCACACAAAGGCGCUCAAAAUGAUUUAAAAAAGUUCCUUCUAUUUCACUAAAUCACCUACCUGUUGCUGAUGCUUAUAUACAUAUGCUGCUUGAUAGGAUGGGGGUUGGUCUAAUUCAACCAGCCGGGUCAACAUACAACGAUUUCUUAUCGUGUUAACGUUUGCUGCUCCUUUAGCGGUCCUUAGGUAUUGGCUACGGAGGUGAGCUUUGCUGCUUUGCUAAGAUCUCCAUAGCGACACUGCAGUGUGAUUCCCAAGCAGUGCUGAUAUCCUGCUUCUCUGCUCUUCCUGUUCGUUGUGUUGCAGGGAAAGGUUCGGCCUAUCCUCCACAGCGAGAGUGAAUGGUGCUUUUGUAUUCUUUGCGAUUAGCCGGGGAAGUGAAAUUCUGUACUAAACUAAAACCUUUAGAAAUGUGAAAAAUUUGAACUCUUAGAAACGGUGCGCAUUAUACUUUGCAAACGUGAGUUCAUUUUGGUAAUAUUCCUAUCAACCAGCGCUGAAUUGAUACCUUGACUAGUUUCAAAAGGUAUGAAUGAGGGCAUAAUUAUCACUUUUAACUCAUUGGGUAACAAAAAAUGAUAAAUAUCGAGCAAUCGCUUUGAUUCACAUUUCUGUUUGAUUCCAGCGAAUACCCAUAUGUUCCUUAAAGUCUACUACCAGGUCAUUAAAAAUCUCCGGGUUUAAGCCUUCCCAGAAGUGGUAACCCUAAAUAAGAGGCUCCGGAUAUUAGCAGGCUUUUGCCACUCGACGUUGUAUGUGUUGGGACCUCGUUGCAUGUGUUCCAAAAUGCAAUUAGGUCGAUCUGCGUAGAAUGCGUGCCUCAUGAUGCUACCGAUUCGUAGUUGGUAGUUGAACGGUAGGUCGUGGCCCAUUACCGAGUUUCGAACGGUUACUGCAGAUUCUCGACGACGGAGGCUGAACACAAAGCGAACGGCGGACUUAUAGCAUCGAUGUGGUUGCUCUGAGGUUGGCAGCGAGUCCGGGGUACCACUACUGCUUGCAUCCGCUUUCUUCUUGGUCGGCAGGGAAAGAACAGUAGCAAACUACACUGUUGUACACUUUCAUUGUCACACUGUUGACUUGGUGAGACCAUGGUAAUUUAUGGUUGAGCUCUAAUCCUAAAUUCGUCACCGUAUUUGAAAGUGGCACUGUUUCUCCGCAGAACGAAAUGUUGAUUUGCGAAACCGUUCCUGUCAUACUAAAUAUUAUAUCUUGUGUUUUUUUGGAGCUAAGCGGUUCAUUUUGGCCCACGUAGCUAUUGCUUCCAGAUCAACGUUGAUAUACUGGGCAAGGACGUCAAUGUCAGCUGCUGGAUCAGUACGUACACUUGUAAGUCGUCCGUGUCGAGGUGGUAGUUGCAUCUUAGGGAUGACGGCAAGCAGUUGAUGUAUAAACUAAACAGCAGUGCACUUAAACAGGAACAUUGUGGUGUGCCGUCUAGGACAUGACGGCCGGUUGAUAUUCUAUCACCCAAGCGCACUGGCUGUUUUCUGUGCGCGAGAAAGGAUGAUAUUAAGUUACGGGCGGUUUGAGAAAAGUGGAACUCAUCGCGAAGUUUUGUUUCUAAAAUGCGAUGAUCCACACAGUUGAAGCGAGAGGUAACCCAGCACCAUGACGGUGCAUUGGAUACUGCCGAACCCGUCGUAAAUGUCGUGAACGACUUUCGUUAAAACAGUUGUCGUGCUGUAUCCUUUUCGAUAUCCAGAUUGAUACUUUGCUAACUGCGGAAUGUUCAGAUUAUCAAGAUGAUCAGUGAUUUAUGCAAGUAGUUUUUUUUUUCUAGAAGAUUCGAUAAUGCUGGCAGGACGUUUAUUGUUCGAAAGUCCUUAGGUUGGGCGGGAUUGGAGUAAUUAAAGCUUUCUUUCAAAUCGAGGGGAAGGGUUUGGCACCGAUGAUCGAGUUGAAUAACUGAGAGAGGGUUGGGACGAUGAAAGGGCAUAGCUGUUUGAUGAAUGAGAUCUGGAUUUCAUUAGAGCUUGUAGCGUUGGUACCUAUUUCAUGAAUCUUGCGCCAAAUUUAAUCAACAUUAGUGUGGCGGAAAUCGAAAUCGGGUUCUUCACGGUCAUCUGCGGUGCGGUGGGAUGGUUCAUUAGCCGUCAUGUGAUGGUCUACAGGUUGUAAUUGUCUGUGUCCAUCGCUGAAGAAGUUGUUCAAUUUCUCAGCAUUGAUUUCUUUAUGGCAUUAUUAUGGAUCCUUUCUCUUCUCAAAUUGCAUCAUAUUUUUUGAUGCAGGCAGAUUGUGGUCAAAGUGUAGCUCGGCGUAUCGCUUCUUAACUGUAAAAAUUAGGGAGUUGGCUCAAUUUUUUCUUCCUCGUUCAACGUUAUAGCAAACCAUCCACCAACUUCUAUUGGCUUUCGAAAAAAAAAUGACCACGGUAACGAAAACUCGAAAUAUUAUCCCGCUACGAUCCUCGAAACCAAUGACUUUUUGGAUGAUAUAACUCUACUAGGCUCUAGGCACUGGCACUAGUCUCGUCACUUUUCACCGUAGCAAGUGGCGAUACCGAUAUCUUGGUCAGGACGAGAGGAGUCAUACAGAUUACUAUCAAACAUGGAAGAUUAUGUUCAAUUCACGAUUCUAUCAAGUGUCUUCCCGAAAUGGAAAUUUUCUUGAUGGAUCCUGAUUGCGGAAUAUUCGAAAUGUAUCAGAUUACAUUCUUUUGACGUAAUAUUUGCAAAUUGAACCAGUUCGUUUUUUAACUGGUUUUGUGCCAAAAUAUUAAUUACCUUCUAGAUAAGUGGUGCUCAACCCUUUCUCGUACCACGAACCCCACCGAAAACACCCUGGGAUGUCGCGGACCCCCACGCACAGUGAUCACCUUCCAUACAACAGUCGGACAGAACCUCAAAAGUGGCUCGAAUUUGAUGAAAACUUCACAUUAAGGUAAUUUUGUGACGCUGAAUUCAUAUUUGAGGUUUAUUUUUUUUGUUUUUAUUGCCUCAAAAUGUUGGCAUCUAGAGUGCCAAUAUUCACAAAUAUAAAGUGCACUACAUCCGAAAAUUAAUUUUCAAAAAAUUAGGUGUGGUGGAUUUUUUAGCAGAAUACACAUUUUUUCAAUUGUUGAUAAUGAUAAGACACAUCUACAAAUUAUUAUAACGAACCCUGCGUAAUCAAAGGCUACCAGGCGUCUCCUUCAGACAUAUCAUGAAAAGUCACCUAUUUUCAUACCUCGAGGCAGAAAGAGGCAAAACAAGACAUUUAUUUUCGGAAAGUACACUAAUUUUAAGUACACUAACGAACAACAAGCUAUCUUUCCGAACUGUUUCAAAAAGUACACCCACUUUGAACUUUAUAACUUUUAUUUAUUGCACGCGAUUUAUUAUUUGUUCUUCACUGCCGCUAUAAGCAUAACUGUCCCAGAGAAAGACUUGUAUCGACUAAAUCGAAUAGCAACUAUAAAUGAAACCAGUUCGACCCUAAUCGGAGUCUUAACUAAAAAGAUAUAUUCAAUUGAAUAACUUAGGUUUGAAAACAGUUUUUUCUCAGAAUUCAUCAUCUAUUUCACUUUUGAAGUUCUGUAAAAAACUUUCGUUCUCAGGACUUAGCAUUUUGAGCAGACUCUAGUCUACCUGUUAACAAACAGAGACAAAUAUUAAAUCAUGAAAAAUCUCAAAUAAAAAUUUUAGGUUUUGGCCGGCUAGGCGACAUUGUGUCACGGUUUAACAUCGAGUUUUUAUUCGAUAAAUAUAUUAUUUUCAGUUUGUUAGUUAAGGAAAAGUUGUUCUUCGUGGACCCCCAGCAUUAGCUUCACGGCCCACUGGAGGUCGGCGGACCCCAGCAUGAGAAUCGAAAAGUGUCAAAUUUUGGUUUGCGUGGUUUAUGAAUUGUUCCUUAGACUUAGAUGGGAAGUAGUUUUUAUAUCUAUCUUCCAAUACGGAAUCCACUUCCUUAUAUUGCGUUCAUAAACAUCAUGUUUUAGGUUGCUGUGCAAAGUGAUUCUUUUUCCUGUUGUUCAAUUUGUUAAAUGGGUUUGAAUCGGCUGUUGUUGAAGUUGGUAGUCGUACAUGCUUUUCCCAUACAAAAAGUUAGCAAUAUACGUUUUUAAUUUUUAUCGCAAAACUAAUUAUACGUAUUUCGCUUGAACUGGUUCAAUUGUCACCAUUUAGCUGUAUCGUUAUAUUUGAAGUUUAAAACAAUACACAAAAUCGAAAAGGUAGCUUGUGAAGGAAUACUAUUAGCUAAAUUCAGAUAGAUCCAAUAGAAAAUACAGUUACUGCUAUACAAAAUUGUUUCACGCUUAGGUGUAAAAAUUGUAGUGGCGAUGCAGAAAUAAAAAUAACAUCAACUUUUAGUUUUGUUUUCAUUAAUUUUAUAUUUGAUCAGACUAAGAAAUAGACCGUGUCAGUUUCAUUCGCUGAUCUGCGUAGUUUUAUCGUUUUCACUCAAUUUUCAAUUUGUUCACGAUUAUUUGGCAGAUUUCAGCCUGAAUGAAAUUUAACAUAAAAUUUUCUAGGCAUGUUUUAGGAAUUUCAAACUCACCCUUACGUGGCGUGUAAAGAGAGAGGACACGACUUUUCUAACCCGAUUUUAAAACUUCGUUAGAUGUCAGGCAUCCCUUAAUCGCGAUGGUAUCCGAAUCAACUCUCAGAAUCGAGCGAGGAAAGUCACGUGAAGGGAGAUUUAUCGCCUCACGCCGCAUGCCCCGUAGAACAAGGGUAGAGUAUUUCGUUUUUAUACUUGUUAAAUCUUGAAUUUUCAAUCAACUCUGAAAAUAAAACUAAAGAUUUCCUUGUCCCGUGUCAUGAAAGCUAAACGAAAUUAAUAAAUAACACAAUUUCAGUGUCAAAAAGCUUAAUUAUAGACACAUUAUAAGCCAUUGUUUCUUCGUUCUAACAGAUAGGUCGAAAUAUUGUUGUGCUCCUAGAAAAGAACGUUUGUUACUCUACCGCAUAGAUUUAGGAGACAUGUUAGAAAGCUAGAACACCCUUUAGAUGUGCAGCAUAUGACACCUAACGCAUACACCACAAUUACUAUGACGAAACUCCACUAUUUUUAACACAAAACGACGGAAUAGUAAAACCCCGAAAACCAAAGCAGAUUUAGACACGUGCAUAAAAACGCAAUUAAACGAAUGUAGGGCCGCCCAUUAACAAAACAAUAAUAAUGCAUUAGCAAAAGAUUAAAAAUUGUAAGAAGGAUCCAAAGAAAACAUCUUUAAUAUUUACUAUUCUGGUUAUGCAUAAACAAAUUUAAAUUAAGUCAAAACUACAGGAACAAAAAAUUACGCCCAAAAAUGAUGUCAUCAACAAAAAAACUACUGCUAGUCAAAGCAAAACCAAACAUACAAAAGAAUCUAUCCACAAUAAGUAUAGAACACGAAUUUUAAUUUUUGUUCGUCAGUGCAAAUCUAACUUGUAAGUUUUGUACGUAAACUAUUAUAUUUUGAAAAUACAAAUAUCACAUGUUCGGUGUAAAUUAUACAAA